AUGCCAUAUACAGCUGGUCUUGUUCAUGGCUACGAAGUAUCCUCACCACCAGACACCACAGCGUUGCCCGCUCCAAGCAGCGAAAACCUCCAGAGGACAGGUGACCCGCUAGCUCGGAAACUCGGAAAUGGCCGUGCUGCUCUCUGUGCGCAGUGCAAUCAGCAUCAUCAAUAUUCAGCACAUGGUGGCGUCUGGGGGCCGAGUAAUGGCUUGCAUCAAGGUGCAAUGCAUGGCCCAGGAGAUAAGUCCGCACAUCCGGAGAUACAGCCACUUGGCAUCGAGCGGGGGACCACCAGACCGGCCAGCGAAAAAGCAAAUCCAUGGGAUACCCAGAUUCUAAUAACUCUAUUCAACGUUGGCAGACUCGCAGCACGGCGCAAGAAAUGGGGAGCUUCCAAGAAUGCAAAGCCAUCGCGAACCAUCGACCCUUUGCGACUGGCCAUCAGCGCCGACUCCCCGAGCCUCUCGCCAACUGCAACGGUGGAAAAUUCUUCGCGACACACGCCGCUCGCCGACCCUUCGGUUUUCCUUUCCCCCAGCAUUGUCCUGAUCCAAGUGGGGGGCCACGGGGGAACCGCCGUCGAAAUGGAAGCGAUGGAGGCCACUAUGUGA